UAAUACGCAAAAAGUGGUGUUAAAAUUAGUUUUUGUUGUGGCAAUUUAAAAGUUUUGACACCAAUUAAGUGGUAUUUCACUUUGUUUCGAGAAAUAUGUAAAUUCUACAUUUAAAUUAUAAUAUUCACACACAAAGAAAAAAUAUGUGCAAUUUGAAAUAAUCGAAUCCAAGAUGGCGGGCACUAGAACACAAUCCACUGAGCCGCCGCGCUCCACCGCCUACUAUUACGCAGAUCUAGAACGAAUCAAGAAGAAGAACGAAGAAAUAAACCAUCCGAUUGAAGAAAAUGACUAUGUCGAGACAACGGAAGUCACUAACGAUGAACCUGUCGCUGAAGUCCCUCCAUUACGGGAUAGGAGAUACCAAGAAAGAAAAACUGAAGAGACUUAUUCAACUGCUGGAACAUUUCCUAUGCCAGAACCGAAGGAAAAGGAACCACUACUAGCAGAGUUGGAAGUAGUCGGUCGACUCCCUUUAACUCAACUCGAUUCAUCAUCAGGAGUAAGAAGAAGUAGGAGUUGGUACUUAUGUUGUCCUAAUGUAGGAGAAGAAGAGAUUUCGAGGGAGUCUUCUUGGAGAUAUUCCAGUUUACGACCGGUCACAGCGCCCCCUAUAGCAGGGCAGAAUGGCUUGCAUUUGAUAGCGACGCAAAGCAGUGGUCAAGACGACAUAAUCACUCUACGUAAUGAAAGAGACGCGCUCGCCCGAGCCCUCGCGGCAGAGAAGCAACGAGCAGCCAAUGAGGCAAGAGCUCACGAUGCAAGACUAGCGGAGCUGCAUGGAGUCAUAGCCGAGCUGGUCAGGCGGCGGGCGCAGGAUAAGAGCGCGAGAGCCAUUCCUGAAGAGGAGCAGGAGGUGUCAGAUGAGUGUGAAUCCACUACACAGCCGGCUGGAGAGCUGGAUAAUGAUGCUGACAGGUCACGCACUGACCAAAAUGACACGUCCUCACUAAGUCCUGCCGAAUUGGGCAGUCCUCACCGGCAGGAGAUGCAGGAGCGGCAGGAGCUGGAUACAGACAGCAGCACGCAGGAGUUACCUGCCAGCAGGUCAGAGCCACCUCCCGCGGAGAGUACGCCGCCCCCCACAGAACCUGGAGACACCAGUGUCAAUUACUCUGAGCGGGACUCAGAGAUAUGCCUCACUACUGCUAGGUGUUGCCAGUUCGCGCGAGGAGCGCAUUUGUUAGAGGGUUGCCAUGUGCCGGAAGGCCUGCUGCCACCCUCGCCAGGUCGUUGUGAGUCUCGGCAAGCCAAGAUCGCCUCCCGGGUUCGCUUGCGGCGCGCCACUGACUCCGACUCAACCAAUCAGCUCAGUAACGAUGAGAGUCGCGCGAUGUGCGGAGAGUCGCGGCUACCGGGCGCGCUGCUGCCAUGUGACGACCUGCACCACGAGGAGGCGGGUGCGCUGAGUGCGGGCGCGGCGGUGUGGCGCGCGCGAUGUCUGCGUCUGCAGGCGGACUGCCGCGUCCUCGACUGCGCACUCGCACGCGCACUCGACACCGCGCACAGGUUGUCGUGCGCGUGCGCGGCGCAGGAGUCAUCAAUGGUGGCGCUGUGCAGCGCGCUGCGAGCUGCAGACCGCGCGCUAGAGACGUACGACGUGCUUCUAGCCCUCGCCGAGACUCAGCCCUCCGCACCCACCGCACCCCCCGAGCAGCGGCUGCACGAGAGACAAGCAGCGGAGACAGUAGCGAGGAGAUUGCUCGCGCGGCUGGAGGCUGCGCCGGCGCUGGGCGAGCCCCUCCUCUCUCCUGGACCCUGGCUCCCUCCACACCAACACCAGCUGGAUGACACACUGGAUGAAGAUGUGGAGGGGUGUGUAUCUGUGGGCGAUAUGGGCGAUGUGGGCGGGGCCGAGGUAGUUGUGGGCGGGGCGAGGUCGGGGGCGUGGUCAGAGCAGCACGAGGCGCGGCUGAGGCGACAUGCAGCAAGACUCAAGACGGAGACUGUCGCGUUACGAGCUCUGCCAACACCACCACAACUGUUCACAUAUCACACGGAUGACGAGGAUGGAAUAUCAAAGUCAGGUGUCAGUAUGGUGGAGAUGGAGGCCGCUGUCAUGAUGCAGGAGCUGUUGUCUGUGCAGGAGACGCGCGCGGCGGAGCGGGCGGCGGCGCUGCGCAGCGACACCACGAGCGGAUCUUGUCGCAGCAGAAGAAGAAAGGAGAGGGAGAGACAUUGGCUCGACUCCCGCGCAUCAGAGACAGACCUCUGAGACAUACACACUGAUACAGUGUGGAUAUACCAGGACUAAAUGUUUACCCUACUUCACCAUAGGAAGGGGAGGGGACUCUUACUUAUACUUCCCUGUUCAAUGAAGUAACAAAUCUACGGUUCAUCUGUUGUUGGUGACAUCUUUAAUUCAAAGUCAGUUUAUUUGUUUAUGAAAGAAAAGAAAUGAUUCAAAAUUAUUAAUAACUUGUUAUGUACAAGUAAUGUAGUAUAUAACGUGCUAUGUAAAUGUGCGCACGCGUCGCUUACAUAGAUGUGGGCGGGGCCUCGCAGUGCUGGGGGCGGGGCCUCGCAGUUCUGGGGGCGGGGCCUCACAGUGCUGGGGGCGGGGUUUGUAUUACAUCAGAGGAAUUCUUACCAUUUUAGUAUCAUUUUGAGUAUUAUAAUAUAAAACAAUUCAUUUAUGAAUUAACUA